UCGUGGGGGUGGUGUGGUGUGCGUAGGAGGAGGAGGAGAGAUAAAAUUUUGGAGCUCGUUUCGGAGUCAGCCUUUGGCUUCGACGGCGAAAGUCUCCCUCGAGAGAGAGGAACCCGAGCCAAACUGGCUUGACCGCGCGUCAUCAAUCCCAUCACCUUUACAAAGCAUGGCUGCUACGUCUCUUGCUCACAAGCUAUCAGCAUCUUCGAGAAAGCCAGUCAAAUUAGAAUUUCUCCGACCUCCAGGGUAUUGAGGCAGUCAACAUAUAAUAUAUAUAACGUACAACAACACUCCACCUAAUGAGUUAUUGUUUUAGGCCCCUUUGUAGCGGAUAAAGAGCACUGGAGAACAUACAAAAACAAAGAUUAAUGAUCAUGUGCGCGUGUCUUGGAGAAGAAGAACAGAAGGAAGUGCCUAGUGCCUAGGAAAUCUAGGAUUAUCUUUAUUUUUAAUAACGAUACACGCGUGGAUUAUUAAAAAAUUUUAAAAAUACACUUGAAACGCCGUUUUGCGUGCACGUAUGUACCUAUAUACCGAUAUACGUAACAUAUCUGUACAAAAGACGGAGAACGAAGGGGGAUCACGGCGAAGAGAAAAUAAAGAAAAACGAGAGCCAUGACGCUGCGCUGUUGCUGCUAAUGGUGAAGGAAGGUGCCUUACAAUAAUAAGUUCAAAGAGGACUAUUGCCUGAAGUACAAUAUACAUCCGGACGAGAAGAAUGGAUGAGGGUGAAAAGUCAAAGAAUGUAUGGCCAAAAGAAAAGACUGAGCCUCCCACUGACAUUUUCACCAACGAAGCUGCUGCCAGUUCCUUGGAUGGAGUCAAUGUUACAUCACUGGCAGAUAUCUUUGAUACUGCCUUCACGUCAACAGCUGAUCCAGCUUCGCAUCCCAGAUAUCCUUCAGGAAACGAGUUAGAUUACGAGCACUUGUUUGCCGAGAGUGAUAUAGAAGAGCCAGACAUAGCACCAGUGCCGUAUCCGUGUCCACCUCAGCACGGCAUCCAAGCUCACAGUCACUACCUGUUCAGUCCAUAUGUUCCUACGCCAAUUGUAAAUUCUUCGGAGUACAGCCUGCCAAACUCGUUAAAUUGCAACAUGUGUCGUACAAGAGAGGAAGAUCUUAUUAUAGCGACGGAAGCGGUUGCUCGUGCAAGGAGAGAAAACAGACAAGCUGGAAACGCGGCGGGUAAUUUUCACAAGCACAAACGCUCACGUGAUAACACCGCCACCAAGUGCACCAGUGGCUGUAUGAAACCAAAGCGCCCGAGAGUACUCAAUCAAUUGGAGCAUAAUGCUCUCCCGGCUGCCUUUGCUGCUUCUCGCGGUUGGGUGAGGUCCGAUCAUGCUGAUGGUUGUAGAGCUGGACCCUCCAGAUUAGCACCUAAUGUGGAACGUCCAGUUGAUUACAGCAUAAGCGAAGCGAAGCCACUUUCGGAAGAGCCAGCCCAUCCAGAAAUCAGCAACAAUACUCCUGUAGAUAGUAAUGUAAUUAAGACGAGGUCGCACUCUAACUCGUCUACUCAAACGUCUGUGAUGAAUCCUCAAGAUGUGCAACCUAAUCCAAUGUCAAGAGCCAAUAAUAAUAAUCCCACAUCUCCAGAUCUUCAGCUCGACUGUUUUUCUAGUGAUUAUAGUAGUGAUGAUGAAGAGAAAGACGGUGCCGUUGAAGUAGUUGGUACAGUCAAUCGCACUGACAAGCCAAAUCUAUCAAGUCAAAAUUCGCAAAAUCCAGAGCAAAGUCAACCUGUGGCUGUUGUAGAUUUAACAACGGAAUCGGACGAUGAGCAUGCAACAAAUAACACUAGUAGUGCUACGUUUCCCCAACCCACUACCAGUCCACCUAGGUUCAAAAGAGCACACUGCGUCCAUGUUCCACCUAGGAUGGAAUCAAUUCGGCAUACCCAUAUGCACCAUCAAAUGCCUGUUCUUCCUCACAGUGCUGAUAUGAACCCAAGAGUCAAUAGAAUGCAUCCAAGAAUGGAAAGGUUGUGGAUGGCACAGAACAGGAUACAGGAGCAGCAUAGGCUUCACAUGCAUCUGGAUUCUCGAAAUCCCAGGAGAAUGCCAAUGCCCCAAAGGUUCAUGCCACAAGAUCCAAACUUGGUUCAACAGUCUUAUGUUAAUUCAAAUGUGAUGACUUGCUGGAGUCACUCCCACCCUUCGUACGGACGAAGAGAUCCGCCUUAUGUUCAUCAUGGAAUACAUCAACUCGGUGCAGUAUUACCUGCACCGCAACAACCCACAGUCUUUAGUCAUCCUGAAAGUGGACCCUAUGGAAACUCUCCCAAUUUCGUGGUGAUGCCUAUCGUGCCUCCACCGGCGCAUCAGUACCCGCCUUAUUACACCUUCCACACAAUGACACAUCCAGUUCCUCCAAGCCAAAUGCAUCCUCUGUGGGGUGAAGCCCUUGUUCGCAUUUCUGACUUCAGACGUUUGGUCAGUGCAUUGCGAAGUGGUGCUUCACAGGAAACAAUAGAAAGUCAUACAUUCCCACACAAAUACAAGAAGGUGAGAGAAGUUGAAAACAGAGAAGAUGCCAUUGAAAAAUGUACGAUAUGCCUUUGCGAGUUUGAAGAAGAAGAGAACGUCAGGAGGCUUCCUUGUAUGCAUUUAUUCCAUAUAGAAUGUGUUGAUCAAUGGUUAUGCACCAACAGUUGCUGUCCAAUUUGUCGUGUGGACAUUGAAACUCGUGUUUAUAAGGAACUUUCUCUUCUUACAUAGUUGAUAUCAACUAUCGAGGAUUUAUUUACUUGCGUGUUUUUAUUUUUUAUUUUUAGUCAAGUGCAAAAUCGUUGGAUGUUGACUAUUACAAUGAAUUUAUUUUAAGGAAUGCAAAUUUUAAUGCUGUUUACUUUUCUAUACCUGAUGAUUGUUAAAAGGAUAGAACUGGAUGCGUCAAAUCAGUGAGAAACCUUUUUUUAAAUCUAUGUUUUUCAUAUUUUUAAUUUUUUUUAGAAAUUACCAGGUGAAUGUAUAAGUUUGAUGGUUAAAAAAUUGUGCGGUUUUUCAAGUGCACUUUAUUUCGACUAAAUCGUUAUGAUAAAAGUGUGGUGCUACGCAAAAAGUACGAGAACAAAAAACACCAUAGUGACUCCGUUAGUGCUGAUCGAGUCGCAUUGAACGCUAUUUUUAAGAAACAAUUUUCUUAAACUGCCGUAAAAUUAUCGUGAAAGUUUGCCUUUUUGUCUAAAUUAUCUGCGCGAUUUAACGAUGAAAGCUCUAUUAAUACUAAGGAUUAUACGUAACUGUCGAAGUUGGUAACAGCUGUUUUCUAGUUUUCACAAUUAUAUCAAUAAGAUAAAUUGUUACAAACAUCUUACCUAAGAAACCGUAACCAAAAUGAUAAUACCUUUUGUUGCUGCCAAGUGUUAUUCAAAACAUUUGGUUUUCAUGUUUUUAUCAUUUUUAUCAUUUCACUGACACAAAGAAGGAAGCUCUCGAGGAGCUCUUGUUGGGUCUGUUUUCUUUUUCUUUUAAAGCUCUGUACACUAACGCGAUGAAAAUAUAAUCAGAGUUUGACUAUUAAAAUGUAAUAGUGAAACGAAUUUUUUUUUUUCUACUAAAAAAAAAUCGUCUAAGUGUUUGUGCAUGUACGUAGCGAUUUAUUAUGAAUUCGCUGCUCCAUUUUUGCCAAAACUAAGCUUAAAACCGAGCGAGUUCUUGAAGAGAAACAACUUUUUUUUAUUAAACCAAAUUUUUCGAUAAUUUCUUGAGAACGAAAUAUAUUGUAUACCAUCUUUGAAUAUUUUAAGUGUUUUGUGGAUGAAAAAUUUAUAUUUAAAUUUAAUUGUAAAAAAAUGGAAAAAUAAA